AUGACUUUUCCAGAGAGCAUCCGUCCCGCUGUGAACGUAGAGGAUGUGGACCAUGAGAAAGCAGCAGGAGGCGAGGAGAGGAUCCACGCCUCCCAGACUCCCGCCCUGCAGGACCCCAAACUCACCACCCUCACCGUCCCUGUGAACCCCUCCGGAGGACGGCAGAGACCCUCAUCUGACCGCUCGCAACGCGGUGGGAGGAGUCGCAGGACUAUCUGGACAAAGAUCAAGCUGCUCCAUUCCCAAAGUGAGGAUGAUGAUGCAGAGGUGGCCGUCCCCGUGAGGGCGUGGCCUAGCCAGUCCAGCCUGCACAGCACCGAUGACGCCCUGAAGGAGCGUCCGUCCUCCUCUGCCAGCCAGACCAGCACCAUGGUCAACGAGCGGCUGCAGGAGCUGGUGAGGAUGUUCAAAGAGAGGACGGAGAAGGCCAAGGAGAAGCUCAUCGACCCCGACAGCUCGGACGAAGACAGCAUCAUCACCUCUCCUCCUCAGCCGGACGCUGGAGCUCCAACAGUAGAAGAAGCAAAUAGGCAAGGAGGACCUUCAGGAGGAGACAGAGGAGGGGGCGUGGAUGGCGAGGAGGAGGAGGAGGAGGAGCCGCCCGGCCGCUGCAGUAAACUGAGAACUCCUCGGUGGAUACGGGCCUGCAUGAACUUCUGCCUCCCUGCCAGCAUCGACCCGUUCACCAAUUUGAUGUACGUCUUGUGGAUGCUUUUGGUGUCUCUGGCGUGGAACUGGAACGUGUGGUUCAUCCCGGUGCGCUGGGCCUUUCCCUACCAAACCUCUGACAAUAUUCACUUCUGGCUGCUGGCCGACUACACCUGCGACCUCGUCUACAUCCUGGACAUCACGGUUUUUCAGCCACGGCUGCAGUUUGUGCGUGAAGGAGACAUAGUGAGCGACAAAAAGGAGAUGAGAAAGAACUACAUGAAGACCGUCCGCUUCAAGUUUGACGUGGCCAGUCUUGUUCCCCUCGAGUUUUUCUACUUCAUAACUGGCAUCAACCCUCUGCUGCGAUUACCCAGACUGCUGAAGAUCUACUCUUUCUUUGAGUUUAACGAGCGUCUGGAGGCCAUCCUGACCAAAGCCUACAUCUACAGGGUGAUCCGAACCACCACCUACCUGCUGUACUGCCUCCACUGUAACGCGUGUCUCUAUCACUGGACUUCAGCCUACAUCGGACUGGGAUCCACCCAGUGGGUCUACAACGGGGAUGGGAACGGAUACAUUCGCUGUUACUACUUUGCUGUGAAAACUCUGAUCAACAUUGGAGGAGUGCCGGACCCCACCUCCCUGUCGGAGACCGUCUUCCAGCUCAUCAACUACUUUGUUGGAGUCUUUGUCUUUUCUAUCAUGAUUGGUCAGAUGCGGGACGUGGUCGGCGCGGCGACCGCAGCCCAAACCUACUACCGCACAUGUGUGGACAACACCAUCAAGUACAUGUCGUCCUAUCGGAUCCCCAGAGACGUCCAGAACCGGGUCAAGACGUGGUACAACUACACCUGGCAGUCCCAGGGCAUGCUGGAUGAACAGGAGCUGCUGACUCAGCUGCCUGAUAAAAUGCGUCUGGACAUCGCCAUCGAUGUGAACUACUCCAUCGUGAGCAAAGUCCCUCUGUUUCAGGGUUGUGACAGACAGAUGAUUUUUGACAUGCUGAAGAGCCUCCGCUCUGUCGUCUACCUGCCUGGAGAUUACGUCUGCAAGAAGGGGGAAGUUGGUCGGGAGAUGUACAUCAUCAAAGCCGGGGAGGUGCAGGUGGUUGGAGGGCCUGAUGGGAGGACGGUGUUCGCCACCCUCAGAGCAGGAUCCGUCUUUGGAGAAAUAAGUCUGCUGGCUGUAGGGGGCGUUAACCGGCGCACAGCCAACGUGAUCGCUCACGGUUUUGCAAAUCUCUUCAUCCUGGACAAAAAAGACCUGAACGAGAUUUUGGUGCACUACCCGGAGUCCAAGAAACUGCUGCGCAAGAAAGCGAGAAAGAUGCUGAACAAGGGAAAGAAACCUGAACCCAAAGAGGAAGCCAAGGAAGCCCCUCAGGUGCCGGCGGCGCCUGUCAGGCCAGAAACUCCCAAACUCCUCCGAGCAGCGCUGGAGAUGGCAGAGAGAUCGUCCGGGCUCAGAGGAGCCAUGUUUAAGGUCAAAGAGAAGACCAACAAGUCCAGCAUUUCAUUACAGCCGUCCCGCUCCUCCUCUUUGGCUCCUCCUUCUCCAACCAUGAGCUCUGGACCUGACACGCCCACUUCCAUCUCUGCCAGCUCCUCCCCGAUGCACUCCACCCACCAAGAGCCCACAGCGCCCCCUCCCGCAGUGCGGCUCCACGACAACGCCACAGACAGAGGGGACGCCAGUGAGGAGGAGGCGGGGCCAGCGAGUGACAGCUGAUGCUCCUCCGGUCCAGGAGGACAUGUCUGAACAGACCGCAGUGAAGAAGAAGAACCUCUGAGUCCAAAGACUUCUGUACCGGACAGGAAACCCAGAGCAGAAACAAAAUUAAACUAAAUAAUUACAAAGAUGGAAUCAAACAACUUCUGGGAGGUUUAAUCUUUUCUGAUCAGCCAUUUUUAACCCACUGAUGCCUGAAUUUAUGUCCAACUAUGACAAAAAAUCAUCAAUGUUUUGCUUUUAAGAGUAGAAGCAGUUUGAUGCUUCAUUGCAUGAUUAGGCGUCAAAGGAUGACGUAAACAAAACUUGUUUGUUGUUUUUCUCAUUAUUUACUUAAUUUUUUUAUCCCGAAACCUGAAUUUUGCAGUUUUCUUUCUUAAAUCACAUGUAAAUACACUAGGAACAACCAUUGUUCAUUAUUUUUUCAGUUUUUAGACACAAUAUAUUUGAAUCAAUUCAAUAUCAAUUCAAUAUCUUUUGAAUCCAUGAGAUAGAAGUCCAAAUAUGACACAUUUAUUACAAUUUUAUUUAUUUAAUGUACAUUUUAAAUAUUAAUUAACACAUUUAUUUAAUAAUUUCAUAUUAAAUAUAUUUAUUUCAAUUUGUCUCUUUUGGCUCAUACUGGACCAAAAAAUAGCCACAUAUAUUUAAAUGCAUUUGUUUCAUGCCAAUUUUAACACAUUUAAUUAAUGAUUUAAUAGUGUAUAUGAAUCGUUUCAUUUAAUCCUCCUUAGUAAACUACUUUGCCUUAUUUACAUUCACAGUUUCUCCAGUUUCUUUCAAAAUAAAGUCCUUUUUGUUGAUAUUCAAGUCAACUAAUGAACAAAAAAUAGAUGUAACAUAUAAAUGAUGGUGAGAACUUGUCUGUUCAUUCUGCAGUUAACCAUGAUGUAAAAUCCUUUUAUUGUUGUUUUUAUUUGUAGAUGCAGAAAUGCUGCCUUGUAUUUUGUAAAUUGUUCUAAAUGUACAUUUUAUGCUUUUUUCUUAGAUUAUAAAGUGGUUGAGUCAGUUGUAGAGUUUCUAAACCACAAACAUGAAUCACAGAAACAAACAGGAAGCUGCAGGUUUACUCUAACAUGCCCACAACGUUAUUCUCUGAAGAUAAAAUGUGAUUUUAGCUUAAAAAAAGUCUCUCUUUAUUCUUGUAUUUGGGGGCAAAAUAAUCAAGUCCUUUUUGAACCUUUAAAUAUAUUUAUUAAACUGAUCUAAACACAAACGACUUCACAGCUAAGAUUUGUGUUUUGUUUUUAGUUAAUACAAUGUAUUUUUAAGCGGCAUAAUUUUGUCACAAACUUCAUGGAAAAUGCUCCAAUUACUUUGGCAAAAAAGAAAAGAAAAAAAA